AUGGUUGGUGACUAUGCUUUGCUUCCUCAAUUGUUUCCUAACCUUGAAGAGGUUGAUCUUGAAGGUCUAAGUUGUCCUAUUUCUAUUGAAGAGAUCAAGAAUAGUGUGCUUGCUAUUGGUAGAUUAAAGACCCCAGGACCUGAUGGUUUCCCAACUCUAUUCUACCAGGAUUAUUGGGGGGUUUGCUCUGAUGAUAUCAUUUCCUUUGUACAGGAUUGCUUUAAUACUGCCUUUCUUCCUAAUCAUUUAAAUGAGACUCUGAUUGCUUUGGUGCCUAAAGUGGAGAGGCCUAUGUUUAUGAAUCAGCUUAGGCCUAUUAGUCUUUGCAACACUCUUUAUAAAGUGGUCUCUAAAAUCCUUGUGGCUAGGCUUAGGCCGUGUAUGACUAAGCGUGUUAGCCCUAGUCAAUACAAGGCUAUUCUUAAUUGGGAGCUAACUAACACGUUCUCUCCUCAGUGUGGUAUUCGGCAGGGGGACCCUCUCUCCCCUUAUAUCUUUCUGUUGUGUAAGGAAAAACUCUCUCAUCUUAUUCAGCAAAAGAUUCAGGAUAGAGCUUGGAAAUCUGUUCAGAUUUGUCAAGGAGGUCCUCACAUUUCCCAUUUAUUCUUUGCUGAUGAUUUAAUUCUUUUUGGGGAAGCUACUACUGAUCAAGCUUGGUUGAUGAAACAAUGUUUGGAUGAUUUAUGUCAGUUGUCUGGUCAGCGAGUUAGCUUUGAAAAGUCUAUGAUAUGUGUCUCCUCAAAUACAGGCUUUGAGUUGGCUAAUUCAAUUGCUGCGAUUAGUGGUUCUCCUCUCACUGCUAGCCUUGGUAAGUACCUUGGUGUCCCUCUUAUUCAUACUAGAGUUACUAAACAAACGUAUCAAGAGGUUAUUGCUAAAGUUCAGAAGAGGUUAGCUUCUUGGAAGAGCCAUACGUUAUCUAUGGCUGGUAGAAUUACUUUGCUUCAAUCUGUUACUGCUGCAAUUCCUAUCUAUACUAUGCAAACUGCAAAGUUUCCUAUGUCUGUCUGUGAUAAAUUGGAUCAGCUCAACAGAAAUUUUCUUUUGGGGCAUACCAGUAACACAUCUAAAAUCCAUCUUGUCAAUUGGGAGCAAGUGUGUAAACCUAAGGUAGCUAGUGGUUUAGGCAUUAAAAGGUCUGCUUGGAUGAACCAAGCUCUUUUGGCUAAGACUGGAUGGAGACUUCUUCAACAUGAGCAAGGUUUGUGGUCUCAGGUCUUCUAUGCUAAAUAUUUAAAACAUCAGAACAUUUUAGCUGUGAAGGACUCUUAUUUUCCUUGUAGCUCGAGUGUCUGGAGGGGUGUUUUAUAUGGUAAUUCUGCCCUUUCCAAAGUGGGGCUGAUAGAUACAUUUGGCAGUUCUUUCUUACCUGCUGAGGCUUCAGUUAAAUGGGACUGGCAGUUUCUUUGGAGGUUGCGGCUCCCUCCUAAGUUGCUUACUAAUGUGCAAAGGCAAAAGAGAGGCCUCACUCAGGUUCCUAUUUGUCCUAGAUGUGAUUAUCCUACGGAAACUAUUGCUCACUUGUUUAAGGAUUGUCCUUUCUCUUUGGCUAUUUGGAAUUGUCUUCAAAUUGGAGAUAAUUCUAGCCCUGUUAUGAUGGAUUUUAAAGAGUGGCUGUUAAGGAAUCUUCAUUCUAAAAGAAAGUAUGCUUUGGAAUGGUUUAAUGCUACCAAACCUACUUCCCCUUCUUAUAUGCCAUCUGUUGUUCAACUUCAUUGGAUAGCCCCUACCUAUGGAGUUUGUAAGAUUAACACAGAUGGAAGUCGUAAUAGUGAUUCUGGGUUUAUUGGUGCUGGUAGUCUCUUAAGAGAUAAUUAUGGUGCUUGGAUUAAGGGCUUCUCUGUGAACCUGGGUGUUGGUUCUGUUCUGGAAGCUGAGAUGUGGGGCAUUUUUUGGGGGCUUCAUUUGGCUUGGGAGUCUGCUUCGUUUUGUGGAGGUGGAAAUUGUUGCAAGUUAAAGGUGCAAGCUGGUCGGAGAUGUUCAGUCAAGCAUAUCUUCAGGGAGCAGAAUGUGGCGGCUGAUGUCUUGGCUUCUAAGAGUUCUGAGUUUGGCCCUGGGGUGCAGUAUUUUACUGAGGUGCCUGCUUUUCUUUUGACUUGUUUGGCUGAGGAUGCUAUUGGGGUGUCUAGGUCCCGUGUUGUUUGUGCUUAG